AUGUCACCGAACUCGAACGGCUACGACGUGAGGCUGUUCCUUCAUCGGGUGAAAAUGCUGCGGCUGAGGAUGCGGCGCCACAAAUUGCUGAGCAAACGGCAAAUGGAUGCCGCAGUGAAUACGCCAGUUGUGGUUGAUUCAAACGAUGACGGAACAGUCGCCCAGGAACUGGAACUAGAGCAAAUGAGGAGUACAUUGGAGGAGGCGAUUGUGGAAACGCGCAGUACGCCUCUCGAAAAUCGACCGCAACUUCCCCGCUUAGCCCUAAGCAAGCGGAAUCGGGCUGUCGUGAGGGCUCUGAACCCAAUGCUGGUUACCUACUUGGAAGCCAGCCGGGACCUUUGCGAGACGGACUCAAUUCUUUUCGGCGCCGCAGUGGCAGUCUGCCAUAUUAUAGGCGCCAAACUUUCCACGGCUGGACGCGCUACUGGAUAA